ACGGUCGACGAAAAUACAGUGAGAUAGGACGCGUCGCAGGCGAAUAUAAGAGAAACUUUCUUAACCUCAUUCGUAGUACCAAACGUCUCAGUUUUAGAAUGAAGUCCGCGACGAAGUGUAUUCUCCUUACUACCAGCGUAUUAUUAGCAGUGGGUCUAGUUCCAAGUAAUGCCUUCUUUGGUACUGGUAUUUAUAUGGACUUCGUUCAAACUUUAAAGAACUUGUUAAAAGUCAGUAUCGGUGGACUAGCAUUUCUUAGUGAAUGUGCGUUACGGUCGCAGUGAGUUUCCGGACUCUACGCUUCAAAAUGACGACGAGUUCGACUUUAUUGUCGUAGGCGCCGGUAGCGCUGGAGCUGCUGUAGCAACAAAGCUCAGUGAGAUAAAGGACGCAGAGGUCUUGUUGAUCGAGGCCGGUGGUAAUGAGAACCUUAUCUUGAACAUUCCUAUUCUGGCACCGUACAUUCAAUUGGACAAGCCUGUCAACUGGGAGUAUUACACGGAAAAGAGUGAGAACUAUUGCAGAGGAAGCGUCACUCAACGCUGCAAACUCAACAAAGGCAAAGUGAUGGGCGGUACCAGUUCGAUUAACUUCAUGAUUGCCAUAAGAGGUAACAGGAAUGAUUACGACACGUGGUAUAACAUGACUGGCGAUGAAAACUGGUCUUACGAGGGUAUGUUACAAACCUUUAAAAAGAUGGAAACGUUUGAUGCACCGUUGGUCGACGUUGUUAUCAUAACUUUAUCAUAACUUCGAUGGAUCACAGAGGAUCGCUAAUCUUCCUUAUCGUUCAAAGCUAGCUGACGCGUUCGUUGAUGCUGGAAGAGAAAUGGGGUUUCCUCCAGUGGAUUAUAAUGGAGAAAAGCAAACUGGUUUCAACUAUUUGCAGACUACUCAAGUAAACGGCUAACGCAUGAGCAGCAAUCGAGCAUACUUACAUCCCAUCAGGAAGCGCAAGAACUUUAUUCUAACUAUGCACAGUCGGGUAACGAAGGUGCUUAUUGACAAGAAUACGAAGACAGCAACCGGUGUCGAGUUUAUCAGGAACAAUACAAAAAUACAAGUUAGGGCAAAGAAAGAAGUGAUUCUGUCAGCCGGUGCUAUAGCUUCGCCCCAGCUGUUAAAUAUCGACGUACUCGCCGACUUACCUGUUGGCAAAAAUAUGACGGACCACAUAGCUUAUGGCGGCUUAGUCUUCUUUGUCAAUAUAACGGACGGUAUCGUUCUUCCGGAAAUUUUAUCGCUGACGAAUCCUUCCUUGCAACAGUAUCUCACCAAGCUUACAGACGUGUUUACGUCUUGUGGUGCAGUCGAGGGUUUAGUCUACGUUAACGUAGAUGCCCGCGAUCAGACAACCUGGUGCCCAGUAUCAAACUCUUGUUCGCUUCAGGAACCUUUAUGUCCGAUUACAUGGUGCAUGCGGCCUUCGGCAUCACUGAACGUCAGUUCAAACAAUUCUUUGCUGAUAGCCUGUACAAACAUAGCUGGUUCAUUUGGCCACUGUUGAUGAAACCCAAGAGCAGAGGUGAAAUUUUGCUGAAAAGUGACGACAUGAGUGUAUAUCCAAGGAUAAUAGGCAAUUACUUUGAUGAUCCAGACGACGUGAGGAUCGCAGUCAAAGGAAUCAGGUUGGCCAUAGAAGUGAGCAAGACCCAGGCUAUGCAGAAGUAUGGCUCCAAACUGAUGGAAAAGCCGGUGCCUGGGUGCGAAGAUCACGAACACGAUUCGGAUGACUACUGGGAGUGCGCUCUGAAAACUUAUACCAUCACUCUGUGUCAUCACUCGGAUACCUGUAAGAUGGGAAGGAAGGAUGAUAAGACUGUUGUUGUCGACACCAGGCUAAAGGUUUUGGGAAUCAACAACUUACGAGUGGUCGAUGAUAGCCAUCGGCGAAAAAGACGCUGAUAUCAUCAAGGAAGAUUACGGAUAUAGUUCUGAAUAAUUAUCUCUUACCAAACAUGUAUCAAUUUUCUUUUCUUACUAAUGAAACAUAAACGAAAUAAUUGGUCCAUCUUCA